GCAUAGCGCGCCGUUCUGUGAGCUCAGGUGCGCACGUGUCACCACCAUUGGCUGGGGUCUGGGUGGACGAUCAAGAGGCGAGUCGCGUUCUGAUUGAUUGAUUGGAAUCAAUCGAUUGAUUGAUUGAUUGAGAGAGAGAGAGAGAGAGAGAGAGAGAGAGAGAGAGAGAGAGAGAGAGAGAGAGAGAGAGAGAGAGAUGGCGGCGUCAUCGGUGAUGACGGUGCCACUGAAAAGGAAGAGAGAGGAAAUGGAGGUAGUGGCUAUGGCGACUAAUGGCGGGAGGCGAGCAAGGGCAGGCGAGCAAGGGAUAGGAGUUGGCGGCGAAGGAAGAGGAGGAGGAGGAGGAGGAGGAGGAGAGGGUGCGUUGGAGGCGGGGGGAGGUGGAGACGUGGAUCUCGCUCUAUUGGAGGCAUUGGCGAAGGGGGAGGAGGGGGUUGAUGCCGGCGGCCAAGCUGUAGACGUUAUCGAUGUGAAAGCGUUGAAGCGUCUGGUCUUAUCUUUCGAGAAGAAGCUGAAGGAGAACUUGGAAGCGAGAAUGAAAUACGUUGACGCACCAGAGAAAUUUUUGGACUCCGAGGUCGAUCUGGAUCAAGAGGUGAAGAAACUCCACGCCCUAGCUGCGGUACCCGAGCUCUACCCAGAGCUAGUCCGACUGAACUCCGUCUCCAGCAUCUUAGGUCUUCUGAGCCAUGAGAACACUGAUCUCGCCAUCGAUGUCGUCAAUCUCCUGCACGAUCUGACGGACUCCGACGCUCUCGAGGAUAACGAAGAACCCGCGCUGGUGUUGGUCAACGCGCUGGUCGAUAAUAACGCGUUGGAAUUGCUGGUGCAAAACCUUUCUCGCCUCGACGAACGCGAUCCCGACGAAGCCGCCGCCGUUUUCAACACCCUCGGGAUUGUCGAGAACCUCGUCGAGGUCAAUCCCCAGGUAACGGAAUCCGUUUGCGAGCGGACCAAGCUGUUGCGCUGGCUGUUAAAUCGUGUGAAGGUGAGGGAUUUCGACAGCAACCGGCUGUACGCUAGCGAGAUCCUGGCCAUCCUUCUUCAGAACAGCUCUGUCAAUCAGCGCCGAGUCGGCAAUAUCAAUGGUGUGGACACUCUGCUGCAGGCCGUGUUUCAGUACAAGGGGAGAGACCCCAGGUCGACGGAGGAGCAGGAGAUGGUAGAGAACCUCUUCGACGCGCUCUGCAGCGUCGUGUUGCCUCAAGAGAACAAGGAGCGCUUCGUCAAAGCCGAGGGUGUUCAGCUUAUGAUCCUCAUCAUGAAGAACAGGAAAUUUGCCUACUUCUCUGCAAUCAAGGCGUUGGAUUUCGCGCUAACGAGGUGUACGUCGGCUUGUGAGGUCUUCGUCGAUGUGUUAGGGUUAAAGACGCUCUUCGCGGCGUUCAUGGGGAAAGUGCCGUCGAAGUAUAAGAAGAGGAAAGGAGAGAACAUCGAGAACGAGACGGAUGAGAGGGUGAUAUCCUUGAUUUGCUCCUUGUUAUUGGGGGUGUCGAGGGGGUCAAGGAGAGACCGCCUCCUCACCAAGUUCGUCGAGAAGGAGUAUGAGAAGAUAGACAGACUGAUGGAGUUGUAUGUUAGGUUUACAGGGAAGGUGGAGGCGGAGGAGAAGCGGCAACAGCGAUCAGCGGAGGGGGGAGGGAGAAGAGGAGGAGGAGGAGGAGGGGAGGAGGAAUGGGAGCUAGACAGUGAAGAGAGGUACUUGACGAAGUUGGAUGCAGGGUUGUACACGCUGGAACUGCUGGCGUUGAUCCUGGCGAACAUCUGGGCCGUCGAUCAUAGAGGGAUGAGAGAGAGAAUAAUGAUGCUGCUGCAUCAGUACGGAAUGAACAGAGAACAUAUCAAGAAAGUUCUACAAGAAUAUGUCGACAACAUCGGUGAUGCAGACGGUGAGGAGGAGAGGGAUAAGAGAAAAGUAAGAGUGCUGAAAUUGAUCAAUCACAUGUAGUAGAGGAGAUUGAUGGAAUCUUUCUGUAGAAACGAACAGCCAGCCAGCGAGCGAGCGAGCGAGCGAAGGAGAGAGAGAGAGAGAGAGAGAGAGAGAGAGAGAGAGAGAGAGUCUGCACCUUACGUACUGCUCUCAUUCUCCCUCACAUUCGUUCUUUCCUCUUCUUUCUUCCACUUUCAUGUCAUCUCCUCUCCUUUCGUUCCUACUUCGCGCUGCUCUGGUGAUGACCCGUCUUCGUCACUCGCUCGCUCGCUCUCUGGGCAUAUCUCAGACAUGGCCAUCUCUCUCUCUCUCUCUCUGGUAUUUGACACAGCCACAGAGAGAGAGAGAGAGAGAGAGAGAGAGAGAGAGAGAGAGAGAGAGAGAGAAAAGCCAGAGCAAGUAAAUGACAGUGGAAAUC